AUGGUUAUCACAUUCGCUUGCUUGAUUCCCGGAGAUGAGCAGACUUCCAAGGGUGCUGUUUUCGGUCUUUUCCUGUACAUGGCUGCCUUCGGUGCUGCGUGGUUGCCUUUGCCCUGGCUGUAUCCCGCUGAGUUGUCUCCCAUCAAGACCAGAGCCAAGGCCAACGCAGUUUCUACUUGCAGCAACUGGCUCUUUAACUUCACUGUCGUCAUGAUCACUCCUGUGAUGGUUGCGAACAUUGGCUGGGGUACCUACCUGUUCUUUGCUGCGCUGAACGCCUCGUUCAUUCCCGUCAUCUGGUUCUUCUACCCGGAGACUGCCAAUCGCAGCCUGGAGGAGAUCGAUUUGAUCUUCGCCAAGGGCUACGCCGAGAACAUUAGCUACGUCAAGGCUGCGAGGGAGCUUCCCAAACUUAGUGACGAUGAGAUUGAGGCCAAGGCGGCCGAGUAUGCUUCCGCUUCCGGUGACUCUCUUGACGAAAUUGAGAAGGCUCACGCUGAGCAUAAUGCCGCCCAAAGACUGGAGACGACCCAGUAA